AUGACUCCCAAGAUGCCGUACGUUCGUCUGGGCUCCUCGGGGCUGAAGGUGUCCAAGAUCAUCCUCGGCUGCAUGUCAUACGGAACACCCGACUGGCAAGGCUGGGUGCUGCCCGAGGAGGAGGCGAUCAAGCACAUCAAGUAUGCAUACGACCACGGCAUCCAAACAUUCGACACUGCAGACACAUACUCAAACGGAUUGUCCGAGAUCAUACUCGGAAAGGCGAUCAAACAGCUGAACCUCCCCCGCGAUGAGCUCGUGAUCAUGACCAAGCUAUACUUCCCGAUAGCGAAGGAGUUUGGCCUCGACUUCUGGGUCCCGGGCGUGAACCCGCUGGACCACGGCAUCAUCAACCAGCAGGGUCUCAACAGGAAGCACAUCUUUGACUCUGUGAAGGCUAGUCUUAAACGCCUGCAGCUCGACCACAUCGACCUCCUUCAGUGCCACCGCUUCGACGACAACACUCCUAUCGAAGAGACGAUGCAAGCACUGCACGACGUCGUCAAAGCCGGCUACGUGCGCUACAUCGGCAUGAGCUCGUGCUGGGCCUACCAGUUCCACGCCAUGCAGAACUACGCGAUCACGCACAACCUCACGCCCUUCGUGUCAAUGCAGAACCACUACAGCUUGCUGUACCGCGAAGAGGAGCGUGAGAUGUUCCCCACGCUGAAGAUGUUCGGCGUCGGGUCCAUCCCGUGGUCCCCGCUCGGCCGCGGCCUCCUCACCCACUCGGUGAGCAUCAAGACCGUGCGGAGCAAAGAAGACGCCUUCCAAGGCGCGUACGACAUCCCCUUUCUCCCCGAGCUCACCCGGCGGAUCGAGGAGCUCGGGAAUAAGAAGGGCGUCAGCAUGGCGCAGAUCUCGAUGGCGUGGAUCCUGGCGAAGCCGGGGGUGACCGCGCCCAUCGUCGGCACGACGCGGUUGUCGAACCUCGAGGACAUCCUCGGGGCGUUGGACGUGAAGCUCAGCGAGGAGGAGAUGAAGUACCUCGAGGAGCCGUAUACUCCGCUCAAGACUCUCGGCCACUGGUGA